AUGGCGACGGCGCCGCCUACCGACGGCGAAGUGGAUGAGGGCUUGAGCCUCCAUACGGACGCCUUCGUGGAGAUCCUGAUGCGCCUGCCGCCGAGCUGCCGGCGCUGGGCCCGGCUCGUAUGCCGGCACUGGCGCGACAUCAUCGACCAGCGGACGCCGCGGAGCCCGCCGCCCAAGGUGCUCGCCUUCUUCACGAGCACCAGGUCAGCUUCAGCGUACGUCGUCAACGACCUCGAGCACGGGUGGGGCAGAGAGGUGUGGGGGGUCACCGCCGGCACCGCCACGGGGAGGUGGAUCGACGUGACGGCGGUCGGCACGUGCAACGGCCUGCUGUGCCUGUGCGACAACAGGAAGCCCGGCGGGAGGGUCGCGUUGCUGAACCCGGCCACCGGCGAGACGCUGCGCGUCCCGCCGCUCCCCGUCUCGUACCGCGGGCUGCACGGCUACGGCAGCGGGAAGAGGUACACCUUCGGGUUCCACCCGGCGACGGGGGCGUACAAGAUCCUUCACCUCCCGUGCCGCGGCGACGCGACCGCGGGCUUCAACGUGCUGCAGGCGUUCACGCUGGGGGCCGCGGCGUGGCGCGACGUCGCCGUCCCCGGCGCGAGCUGCUGCCUCGGCGCCGGCCUCGUCAGGGUCGGCGGCGCGGCGCACUGGGUCACCAAGGGGAUGGAGAGGGUCGUGUCGUUCGACCUCGGGGACGAGCGCGUCGCGUUCGACGCGGCGCUGCCGGUGGCGGCCGGGCCGGGCAGCCACUGCCGGCUGGUGGAGUUCCACGGGAGGCUGGGCCUCGCCGUCAGCGCCGACAGGAUGACGCCGGCGAAGACCGAGGUCUGGGUCCUCGGGGAACGGGCCGGUGGCCGGCAGGGGUGGAGUCGCCGGUACAGCGUGCGGGUGCAGGGGGUGGAGCAGCGGCUCGCGGCGCCGCACUUCGCGCACGGCGGCGAGUAUGUCCUCACCGUGCAGUCCAAGGAGUGGGGGCGGAAGCACGUCUACGCGCACAGGUUGCGCGGCGCGGGGAGGAGGUUGCCGCGCGGCGAGGUGCGCUCCGUGCGGAUCGAGGAGCCAGGAAUGGCGGUGGCCUACCGCGAGGACGGCUACUACCUUGAGACGUUCGCCUACGUCGAGACCACGGAGCCGUUGAGUGUUUACAAGAUUGAUCAAAGGGCGAAGGGGGUCCAUCGACAAAAUAAAUCGUGUCCUUGA